AUGACAGAUAGAAAUUCAGGUUCAUUUCAAAAUAAAGACACUUCAAACAACAAUAAAAGAAUAUCCAUCAAAGGAUCCAAGCCAGAAUCAAAAAUAUCAAAAAUAAUAAAAGAAGAAGAAACGGGCGAUUUGGAAAAUCAUGAUCAUCCUACAGAUUUCUUUAAUGAUGCCUAUAGAGUAACCAGAAUCAAAUCUGAAAAUUUAGAGAUGGAGGUUCUCAACAAAAAUCAUAAAGAGGAUGACGAAAAUGCCAACAGCGGAAAUAAUAAUAAACUUAAUAAAAUUCCAUCUAUCUCAAAGAACUAUAGACCUCGUCCAAAUGAUAGCACAAAUAAUAACAACAUACCGAAAUCUGAAUCAGGACCUCGUAGACAAAAAUCUCUUAUAAGACCUGAGCGUGCAAGGAGAAAUCAACGUAGAAUAAGUAGAGGUGUGACAAAUUUUGCUGUCGAUGAUUCCACUGAGAGAUGGAGUAUCCUUCCUCCAAAUGCUCUUAAUAUUACUGCUAAUGGCAGUGUCGGGGCUGGUGGUAAUGGCGACGGUGGCGAUGAGAGACGUUUGAGUCGACCACUUAAUAGAAGACUUUCAACGAGAGAACCACCUAAAAAAAGAAAGUGGUAUAAAUGUCAAUGCUUUUCCACUUGGUUAAUAUAUACCAACUGUGUCACUUGUUGUAUUCCUCCUUCUCUAUUAUCUUGUUUUGGUAUGCAUGAUAAAUUGGUUCAAAGAGCUUGGAGAGAAAAAAUGGCUUUGGUAUCUAUAAUAUUGAUUCUUUGUGCCGCCGUGGGUUUCUUGACUUUUGGUUUCACUCAAGCUUUAUGUGGCAUACCUCCACCAAGAGUUCGUGUAGGCGGUGUCAGUCUGCAACAAGCUGUCAUACUAGGUAGUAUCUAUGAUCUAACCGACUAUCCACAUCCUGUUGAAUUACCUGAUAUCACUGAGAAAAAGGGCGGGAAUUUAUUGAAUGGUUUGGCCGGUGGAAAGGAUAUAUCAUUUUUAUUUCAAACUCUAAAUAACGAAUGUAAAAAUAUUCUAAUACCCAAAAAUGGAAAACUUCAAAACUAUUUCCCUUGUAAUGCAACUGAUGCAAUUGAUGAUUUUUCGGAUCUUAAGCCUACUGAUAAUCCUAUUAAUUUUGGGUGUCAUGAUGUCGACGUUUCAAAAUCUGAUAUUAAUGCUUUAAUUUAUGUCGGUGACGUAUUUUUCGAUUGGGAUGAUGUACAAAGAGGUGAUCGCAAUUUUGUUGUUCAUAAUGGUAAUGUGCUCGAUUUGGGAAAACUUAAAUAUUUGGUUCCAAACAUUGAGAUGAUUCCGUUACUAAAGCAAAUCAGUGUGACCGAAAUUGACAAUUAUCGAGGUCGUGAUCUAACUUAUUACAUGCAGCAAAAUGUGGAUCGCAUCCAAUUAGCAAAAUGUUUAGAGGAGACAAUCAGAGUUGGUGUUGUAGAUUUUAAUUCAAUAGGGUGUAUGAUCACUGAUGUUGUAACUUAUGUUUCGUUGAUGGUAAUCGUUGGUGUGGUAUUGGUCAGAUUUUCUUUGGCCGUAUUGUUUGGUUGGAUAUUAAGUUGGAGAUUGGGCAGUUUUCGUGAGGAAACCGCAGAGGAACUUGCUAUGCGUGAACGAGAUAUUGAAAAAUGGUCAGAUGAAAAUGUACAUUUUAAACCACCACCUGCUCCCUCUUCUCCCGCCACUAACAACAGAAAUUCGUUCAAAUUUUUAAGUACAUCAAGAUAUUCAACUCAAUCACCAGGUACUGGAACUUAUGAUCGUAACAGAAGAGUAGACAAUCGUUCCACAAGGAUGUACAAUUUGCCGAAUGGGAAUGGGUCCGGUGAGAAUAUUUUUAAUAAAAACAGUUCAACUACUUCCCUUGUAAGACCGUUAUCUACAACUAAUAGUUUUAACACAGGACACUUUAAAGAAACGGAUUCAGGAAGGACAAGUCGUCGCUCUUCUAUCAACGAGUACAAUCACACUCGUACUGACUCCAUGUCAUCUUCCACUUCAUCUCUUGCCCAGACUUCUUCUUUCCAGCAAUUACCCCAAGAGCCUGAACAACGUUUUAAUUUCCCGCUUAUACACACUAUAUUAUUGGUCACUUGUUAUUCUGAGGGUGAACAGGGCCUUAGAACCACUCUGGACUCGUUGGCUAAUACCGACUAUCCCUCUUCACAUAAGCUUAUUAUGGUGAUAGCUGAUGGUAUAAUAAAAGGAUCAGGAAACGAUAAAUCAACUCCAGAUAUUUGUUUAUCAUUGAUGAAUGACUUCUUCAUAUUACCAGAAUUGGUACAAGCUCACUCCUAUGUUGCUAUUGCUGAUGGUAAAAAACGUCAUAAUAUGGCAAGAGUUUACGCUGGUUUCUAUAGUUAUAAAGAUUUGGAAAAUAAAACUAAACGCAUACCAAUGGUAACUGUUGUAAAGUGUGGUGGUCCAGAAGAACAGGACGACAAGAAACCUGGUAAUAGAGGAAAAAGAGACUCUCAAAUUAUUUUAAUGGGCUUUCUACAAAAAGUCAUGUUUGAUGAAAGAAUGACACCUCUUGAGUAUGAGUUUUUUAACGCAGUUCGUAAUGUUAGUGGCGUCACACCAGAUUACUUUGAAAUUGUUCUGAUGGUUGAUGCUGAUACUAAAAUUUAUCCUGAUUCAUUAACUCGUAUGAUUGCUUGUAUGUCAAGAGAUCCUAAUGUAAUGGGACUUUGUGGUGAAACAAAAAUUGCAAAUAAAACUGAUAGCUGGGUUACUGCAAUUCAAGUUUUUGAAUAUUAUAUUAAUCAUCAUAUGCAAAAAGCAUUCGAAUCAAUAUUUGGUGGUGUUACAUGUUUACCCGGUUGUUUCUGUAUGUAUCGUAUCAAAGCACCAAAAGGACCAAACGGAUACUGGGUACCAAUUUUAGCAAAUCCAGAUAUCGUUGAACAAUAUUCUGAAAAUAUAGUUGACACACUUCACAAAAAAAAUCUUUUACUACUUGGAGAAGAUCGCUACCUAACAACCCUGAUGCUUAAAACUUUUCCUAAAAGGAAAAUGAUGUUUGUGCCACAAGCUAUUUGUAAAACAAUUGUCCCAGACACAUUUAAAGUUCUGAGAUCUCAAAGACGUAGAUGGAUCAAUUCAACAGUUCAUAACUUGUUGGAACUUGUGCUGAUACCAGAUUUGUGCGGUACAUUUUGUUUCUCUAUGCAAUUUGUCAUAUUUAUGGAAUUGGUGGGAACAGUGGUGUUGCCAGCUGCAAUUACAUUCACAGUGUAUCUUGUCAUCAUAUCGUUUGUUAAACGUCCUGUACCAGUGAUACCUCUAUUACUUUUAGCAGCUGUUUUAGGUUUGCCAGCCGUGCUUAUAUUACUCACCACACGAAAACUUAUUUAUGUUGGAUGGAUGUUGGUUUAUUUGUUUUCGCUACCGAUAUGGAAUUUUGUUUUACCUGUUUAUGCAUAUUGGCAUUUUGAUGAUUUCUCAUGGGGACAAACGAGAGUGGUUGAGGGUGAAGUCUCUGGUGAGGAUCAUUCACGUAAAGAAGGUGUAUUUGACAGUUCGAGAAUAGUGAUGAAGAAAUGGGCAGAAUGGGAAAGGGAAAAACGAAUGAAGAUACGUAAUUCACAGUUAAUACCUUUCUCAACGGCUCAAAUGUCGCCCGAUGAAAAUUACAAUAAUGUACUAUCAUCAGCAUCAUCAAUAACAUCAACACCUGCUACACUAACUACAACACCACCUUCGGCUUUUGCUUCCUCAAGGCCUACAUCUGUGAUAUCAAAUUUUGCUGGUUUCGACAAAUCAUAUUUACAAUCAGCUCCACCAUUACCAUUUAAUCCACGUGGAGGAGUUAGUAAACGUACAAGUACAAGGCCCCGGGCUGAUUCUUUGAUGAUACCACCACCUUUAGCGGGAGGUCCAAUAUUAGGAAAUAAUAAUGUUUUUACUAGUAGUCCUGCUAGCAGUUUAAUGUCAUCACCUCUUAGUUCGGCUCGUAGUAAUGUAUCACCUUAUCAUCAACAACAGCAACAAAAACAUUUGGGUCGAGUAUCGGGGUGGAUGGCAAUGGGAAUACCACGCCCAUUAUCCUCGACAGUGAUAACUCUUUGGUCAGCGGAAAGAACAUUCAAAAUACAAAAUAUUUUUAACACAUCAAGAUCUGAUGAUGACGAAAAUGCCAACAGCGGAAAUAAUAAUAAACUUAAUAAAAUUCCAUCUAUCUCAAAGAACUAUAGACCUCGUCCAAAUGAUAGCACAAAUAAUAACAACAUACCGAAAUCUGAAUCAGGACCUCGUAGACAAAAAUCUCUUAUAAGACCUGAGCGUGCAAGGAGAAAUCAACGUAGAAUAAGUAGAGGUGUGACAAAUUUUGCUGUCGAUGAUUCCACUGAGAGAUGGAGUAUCCUUCCUCCAAAUGCUCUUAAUAUUACUGCUAAUGGCAGUGUCGGGGCUGGUGGUAAUGGCGACGGUGGCGAUGAGAGACGUUUGAGUCGACCACUUAAUAGAAGACUUUCAACGAGAGAACCACCUAAAAAAAGAAAGUGGUAUAAAUGUCAAUGCUUUUCCACUUGGUUAAUAUAUACCAACUGUGUCACUUGUUGUAUUCCUCCUUCUCUAUUAUCUUGUUUUGGUAUGCAUGAUAAAUUGGUUCAAAGAGCUUGGAGAGAAAAAAUGGCUUUGGUAUCUAUAAUAUUGAUUCUUUGUGCCGCCGUGGGUUUCUUGACUUUUGGUUUCACUCAAGCUUUAUGUGGCAUACCUCCACCAAGAGUUCGUGUAGGCGGUGUCAGUCUGCAACAAGCUGUCAUACUAGGUAGUAUCUAUGAUCUAACCGACUAUCCACAUCCUGUUGAAUUACCUGAUAUCACUGAGAAAAAGGGCGGGAAUUUAUUGAAUGGUUUGGCCGGUGGAAAGGAUAUAUCAUUUUUAUUUCAAACUCUAAAUAACGAAUGUAAAAAUAUUCUAAUACCCAAAAAUGGAAAACUUCAAAACUAUUUCCCUUGUAAUGCAACUGAUGCAAUUGAUGAUUUUUCGGAUCUUAAGCCUACUGAUAAUCCUAUUAAUUUUGGGUGUCAUGAUGUCGACGUUUCAAAAUCUGAUAUUAAUGCUUUAAUUUAUGUCGGUGACGUAUUUUUCGAUUGGGAUGAUGUACAAAGAGGUGAUCGCAAUUUUGUUGUUCAUAAUGGUAAUGUGCUCGAUUUGGGAAAACUUAAAUAUUUGGUUCCAAACAUUGAGAUGAUUCCGUUACUAAAGCAAAUCAGUGUGACCGAAAUUGACAAUUAUCGAGGUCGUGAUCUAACUUAUUACAUGCAGCAAAAUGUGGAUCGCAUCCAAUUAGCAAAAUGUUUAGAGGAGACAAUCAGAGUUGGUGUUGUAGAUUUUAAUUCAAUAGGGUGUAUGAUCACUGAUGUUGUAACUUAUGUUUCGUUGAUGGUAAUCGUUGGUGUGGUAUUGGUCAGAUUUUCUUUGGCCGUAUUGUUUGGUUGGAUAUUAAGUUGGAGAUUGGGCAGUUUUCGUGAGGAAACCGCAGAGGAACUUGCUAUGCGUGAACGAGAUAUUGAAAAAUGGUCAGAUGAAAAUGUACAUUUUAAACCACCACCUGCUCCCUCUUCUCCCGCCACUAACAACAGAAAUUCGUUCAAAUUUUUAAGUACAUCAAGAUAUUCAACUCAAUCACCAGGUACUGGAACUUAUGAUCGUAACAGAAGAGUAGACAAUCGUUCCACAAGGAUGUACAAUUUGCCGAAUGGGAAUGGGUCCGGUGAGAAUAUUUUUAAUAAAAACAGUUCAACUACUUCCCUUGUAAGACCGUUAUCUACAACUAAUAGUUUUAACACAGGACACUUUAAAGAAACGGAUUCAGGAAGGACAAGUCGUCGCUCUUCUAUCAACGAGUACAAUCACACUCGUACUGACUCCAUGUCAUCUUCCACUUCAUCUCUUGCCCAGACUUCUUCUUUCCAGCAAUUACCCCAAGAGCCUGAACAACGUUUUAAUUUCCCGCUUAUACACACUAUAUUAUUGGUCACUUGUUAUUCUGAGGGUGAACAGGGCCUUAGAACCACUCUGGACUCGUUGGCUAAUACCGACUAUCCCUCUUCACAUAAGCUUAUUAUGGUGAUAGCUGAUGGUAUAAUAAAAGGAUCAGGAAACGAUAAAUCAACUCCAGAUAUUUGUUUAUCAUUGAUGAAUGACUUCUUCAUAUUACCAGAAUUGGUACAAGCUCACUCCUAUGUUGCUAUUGCUGAUGGUAAAAAACGUCAUAAUAUGGCAAGAGUUUACGCUGGUUUCUAUAGUUAUAAAGAUUUGGAAAAUAAAACUAAACGCAUACCAAUGGUAACUGUUGUAAAGUGUGGUGGUCCAGAAGAACAGGACGACAAGAAACCUGGUAAUAGAGGAAAAAGAGACUCUCAAAUUAUUUUAAUGGGCUUUCUACAAAAAGUCAUGUUUGAUGAAAGAAUGACACCUCUUGAGUAUGAGUUUUUUAACGCAGUUCGUAAUGUUAGUGGCGUCACACCAGAUUACUUUGAAAUUGUUCUGAUGGUUGAUGCUGAUACUAAAAUUUAUCCUGAUUCAUUAACUCGUAUGAUUGCUUGUAUGUCAAGAGAUCCUAAUGUAAUGGGACUUUGUGGUGAAACAAAAAUUGCAAAUAAAACUGAUAGCUGGGUUACUGCAAUUCAAGUUUUUGAAUAUUAUAUUAAUCAUCAUAUGCAAAAAGCAUUCGAAUCAAUAUUUGGUGGUGUUACAUGUUUACCCGGUUGUUUCUGUAUGUAUCGUAUCAAAGCACCAAAAGGACCAAACGGAUACUGGGUACCAAUUUUAGCAAAUCCAGAUAUCGUUGAACAAUAUUCUGAAAAUAUAGUUGACACACUUCACAAAAAAAAUCUUUUACUACUUGGAGAAGAUCGCUACCUAACAACCCUGAUGCUUAAAACUUUUCCUAAAAGGAAAAUGAUGUUUGUGCCACAAGCUAUUUGUAAAACAAUUGUCCCAGACACAUUUAAAGUUCUGAGAUCUCAAAGACGUAGAUGGAUCAAUUCAACAGUUCAUAACUUGUUGGAACUUGUGCUGAUACCAGAUUUGUGCGGUACAUUUUGUUUCUCUAUGCAAUUUGUCAUAUUUAUGGAAUUGGUGGGAACAGUGGUGUUGCCAGCUGCAAUUACAUUCACAGUGUAUCUUGUCAUCAUAUCGUUUGUUAAACGUCCUGUACCAGUGAUACCUCUAUUACUUUUAGCAGCUGUUUUAGGUUUGCCAGCCGUGCUUAUAUUACUCACCACACGAAAACUUAUUUAUGUUGGAUGGAUGUUGGUUUAUUUGUUUUCGCUACCGAUAUGGAAUUUUGUUUUACCUGUUUAUGCAUAUUGGCAUUUUGAUGAUUUCUCAUGGGGACAAACGAGAGUGGUUGAGGGUGAAGUCUCUGGUGAGGAUCAUUCACGUAAAGAAGGUGUAUUUGACAGUUCGAGAAUAGUGAUGAAGAAAUGGGCAGAAUGGGAAAGGGAAAAACGAAUGAAGAUACGUAAUUCACAGUUAAUACCUUUCUCAACGGCUCAAAUGUCGCCCGAUGAAAAUUACAAUAAUGUACUAUCAUCAGCAUCAUCAAUAACAUCAACACCUGCUACACUAACUACAACACCACCUUCGGCUUUUGCUUCCUCAAGGCCUACAUCUGUGAUAUCAAAUUUUGCUGGUUUCGACAAAUCAUAUUUACAAUCAGCUCCACCAUUACCAUUUAAUCCACGUGGAGGAGUUAGUAAACGUACAAGUACAAGGCCCCGGGCUGAUUCUUUGAUGAUACCACCACCUUUAGCGGGAGGUCCAAUAUUAGGAAAUAAUAAUGUUUUUACUAGUAGUCCUGCUAGCAGUUUAAUGUCAUCACCUCUUAGUUCGGCUCGUAGUAGUGUUGAUGCUGAUACUAAAAUUUAUCCUGAUUCAUUAACUCGUAUGAUUGCUUGUAUGUCAAGAGAUCCUAAUGUAAUGGGACUUUGUGGUGAAACAAAAAUUGCAAAUAAAACUGAUAGCUGGGUUACUGCAAUUCAAGUUUUUGAAUAUUAUAUUAAUCAUCAUAUGCAAAAAGCAUUCGAAUCAAUAUUUGGUGGUGUUACAUGUUUACCCGGUUGUUUCUGUAUGUAUCGUAUCAAAGCACCAAAAGGACCAAACGGAUACUGGGUACCAAUUUUAGCAAAUCCAGAUAUCGUUGAACAAUAUUCUGAAAAUAUAGUUGACACACUUCACAAAAAAAAUCUUUUACUACUUGGAGAAGAUCGCUACCUAACAACCCUGAUUGUCUCCUCUAAACAUUUUGCUAAUUGGAUGCGAUCCACAUUUUGCUGCAUGUAA